AUGGUUAGAAAUGUGCAUAAAAACAGCGCCCUACGGGCGAAAGAUACAAAUAUUCAGGAUUCCAAGCGGGUUAAAAAUACCCGCCAAGACACCCUUAUGAGGGAAAAGUAUAUGCCAGAAAAUGUUACGGAUCCCUCUCAAUUUCCAAAACAUUUAAAUGAAUCAUCAGUGUACCAAUACCACCUAGGAGGGCGGGCGCGGCUACUCGAGAAAUCCCUAUCGGAGAAUUUGUCGCAUGCUUCUGUGACGGGUGAGGAGGAUGAAGAGGACAUGUCCAAAAAAAUCACUUGUUCCGAAAAGAUAUUGCCUUGUCGCGAACCAAUGCUGUUCUCCCAGGACCAAUCUGCUGACAUUUUUGCCCCAGAAAUUACAGCGGCUAAGCAACAUAUUUCUGAUCUAGCUGGGAAGAGUGAUACCUCUCAAACAAGUGCACGAAAUGCGAGUAACUUAACUAGGGAAGCGCUUUGUAGAUGGCAAGCCCUUAUCUGUGCUAAAGAGACAAAAAUGCCUUCCUGCCCCCAUCCAUUGUGCGAAGGGCUUAAGGUGGCUUCCAAGUCUCUUGGUGGCAUGCGCAAUUUUUUACUUUUUGAGCUAGAAAUGAUACCAUUUGAAGGUCGUCAUGAGUUAGCCAAUCUUCGUAGUGUUUGCUACUGUUCCAAAGUGUACGAGAGUUAUAUUUCUGAUUGGAAGAUCAGAGGAGAUCUAGAGUUUUUGGAUCCUCAAUCUGUUGAGUCAAUUCCAAUUGAUCAGCUCAUGAUUAACGAUGCACCUGCUAGGCGUGAAUUGCCGGAAGAUAUUAACACUUCCUCAAGUUCGAAAAGAAAAUUGUUACUACCACCUACAUCACUGACUAAACGACCCAAUGAUAUAACAUUCAUGCAAAAUGUUAUGAUAUCCGACUUCUGCGACACUACGGAUUUUCCGCCAGAUGAAGAUCGUUAUUCAGUUGUAGAUUCUUGCAAAGGGCCGGACAGAACAAGAACAAAGUGCUUUUUCUGCAGAGCUUCGAAAACUGAAGACGGCAACAUUUGA